AUGCUAAAACCUAUCAUAUCAUGUACAUUACUGCUCAGUCUUUCAUUUUCGGCUUUGGCUCAACCUCGUCGCUUGACUCAAUUCGGUGAUAUCGAUGGCUUCUACUACGUGGAUCCAUGUACGGACAAGAAGGCGGAGAUAUACUUGGGUGUACCAUUCGCGGAACCACCGUUGGGAGAGCUCAGAUUUGAAGUAAGAGAUGGGUAUUGGUUUUAAAAUGGCAAGGAAUGGCAGUUUUUUGGGAAUUUUGUGAAAAAAUUUUUAUUUUUUAAAAAAGGGGCAAGUUAUACGAUGAAAAGUGCUUAUUUAUUAAAAAUUUUGGUAAAGACACAAUGUAUAACGUCGUAUUUUACAAAAAAAAUUUUUUUAGAAAACUCAGCCAUGGACAAAGAAAUGGAGUUCUCCAUUGAAUGCCACUCAGUUUGCCCCAGGCUGUGUUCCAAUGAUGCUGCCCCCAGGACAACCUUAUAAUGAAGAUUGCUUGAAGAUGAAUAUUAUGGUACCAACUGAACCGGUAAGCAGGUUUUUUCUGAUUUUGUAAAAUACGAUUGAGGAACUUAAAAAUCUUUAAUUUAGGCUUAUUUUUUUUAGCUUAUGCUUUAGGCUUAAAAAAGUUAAAUAAUUUUUGAAAAUUUAAAAUUUUGGCUUAAAAAUAAAAAGAGCUUGAAAAUUUGAAAUUUUAGUCUAAGGGGUUUUAAAAAAUUUAAAUUUAAAACCUAAAAGAUAAAAAAAUUUGAAGUUCUAGCCUAAAGGUUUAAAAAAUUUCCAAACUUGGAAAAAUUUUUAAAAUUGUAAAGUUUAAGCCUAAAAAAUAAAAAAAUUAAAAUUUCAGUCCUCAGACCCAGCCGGCUACCCUGUCCUUUUGUACAUUCACGGCGGCGCCUUCGGCUGGGGCUUGGCCGAAACCUACGGCUACAAGAAUUUGACCCAAAACUUUGUUUCCAAAGGUCUCAUAGUCAUUGUCAUCCAGUACCGUCUAGGCCCAAUGGGCUUCAUCACUGACGGUACUAAGAACUUGGGUGGAAACUUUGGAAUGUACGAUCAAGCUGAGGCCUUGAGAUGGGUUCAUUAUAAUAUACAUAGCUUUGGUGGUAAUAAUGGCAAAGUUACGGCGUGGGGAUUGAGUGCUGGCGGAGGAAGUGUCGGCGUGUUGGAGUUGUCUCCUUAUUCUAGAGGUAAGGAGAGGUUUUUAAAGUUGUAAAAAAAAAAAAAAAAUUAAAAAAAUGUAAGAACUAGACUUAUGUUGUUGAGAUUGGCAUAAGAUAAGAUCGUGGUAAAGGAAAGGUAAAGGUAAGAAUGAGUUAACGCAAAGGAUGGACUGAAGACUAAUUGUAAGGUUACAGUAUGGCUUUAGCAAGGCUAAUAUAGGUAGGGAAUUGUAAUAUAGGAUAAGAUAGUGUGUGAGGAGAUAGGGUGCGGUAGGAUAAAAAUAGAGCAGGUAGAGGAGGAGACAGUAAGGAAAGUUAAGGUAGAGCAUGUAAAGGUAAAACAGUGUAAGAUAAGACAGAGCAAGUUAAAUUAGGGUAGGGUAGAUUGGACUAAAGUAAAAGAAACCAAUGGUAGUGCUAUAGCAGGGAGAGGAUGGGUAGGGUAAGAUAUCAUAAAAGUAGGGUAGGGUAAAGUAAGGUAAGGUAAGGUAAGGUAAAGUAGGUUAGGGUAGGGUGGGGUAGGGUAGGCUAGGGUAGGGUAGAGUAGGGUAGGGUAGGGUAGGGUAGGGUAGGGUAGGGUAGGGUAGGGUAGGGUAGGGUAGGGUAGGGUAGGGUAGGGUAGGGUAGGGUAGGGUAGGGUAGGGUAGGGUAGGGUAGGGUAGAGUAGGGUAGGGUAGGGUAGAGUAGGGUAGGGUAGGAUAGGGUAGGAGCUUCAAAAUUUUUUAAGUAAAUUUAUUGCUUUUCAGACUACAUUCACAACAUAAUUGGCAUGAGUGGUACCCCAUUGUGUCCAUGGGGAGUUCAGCACCAAGCUCAUCUUGUCAAGUACUCAAAAGAAGUUGCUGACGUUUUGAAUUGUGAAGAUGGAAAGUGGAAGGAAUGCUUCAAGAAAACAACUACUGAUGAGUUCCUAGAGGCUACAAGCAAGAUUGUCAGUUUUAAGAUUUUUUUAAAUUUUUUUACAAAAUUUAAACUUUUUUGAUGCAAAAAGAAUGGCGUUUACUGUUUUUUGCAAAAAUACCCACAAUUUUUAUUACAGUACACUACAAAAAAAAUCAGCAAUCUACUUUUCAGACCCGUCCAAUUCCAGAAGUCGAGCUUCUGAUGUUCAUUCCAUCGUACGAUGGAAAUUUCAUACCUAAACAUGUAUACGAACUGGUCGAAGAAACAGCUCAAAAAACGAAAAUCAAUGCUAUGAUUGGCGUUACCAAGCUUGAAUCUCUUUAUUUUAGUAAGUUGUCUGUGUUAAUAUUAUUAUUUUGUGGUUAUGUCAAUGUUUUUGUGUGAAGGGGAGGUUUUUUUUUAAUUUUUAGGGGUAGGUAAGCAUGGCAAAGCUUUUAAAGGGUAAUGUAGGGUAAAAUAUGGCAUGUGUAAGGCAAGGUAAACUUCGUUUUGAAGGUUAAGCAUAGGUAAGCUUUGGGUAUAGUAAUUCUAUGGUAUGAUUACUGUAUAAGGUGGAGUAGGGUAUGGUAGUAAGGAUAUAGUUAUACAUAUAAUGAGGUAGAGUAGGGUAGGGUAAAGGAUAUGAUUGCGGGCUAUGGGUUACAGUUUUAGGUAGCGUAAUGUAUGGUAAAAAAUACGUUACAGUAUGAGGUAGAGUAGGGUAGGGUAAAUUAGGAAAAAGCUAGUGAAAAGGCUACUCUGUGUUGUAGGCUUCAAGGUAGGGUUGUGUAGGGUAGAGUGAAGUAAGGUAGAAUAUGGUAGAAUAGAGUAGGGGUAGAGCAAGGUGGUUAAAGCUGGGUAGGUUCGUGUAGGGUAUGAUAAAAUAAACUAGGCUAGGAUAGGGUAGGGCACGGUAGAGCACGUUAGGGCACGGUAGGUCACGUUAGGGCAUAAUACGUCACUUUAGGGCACGGUAGAGCACAAUAAGACACGUUAGGGCACGGUAGGGUAGUGUAAUAAUGUUAUUGUCCAGUCCAUUGUGAGGUCUAUUCUGUGUAAAGGCCGUGCUAAUCUAGCCAAAAUCAUGUCUUUUCAGCGAUUUUAAAUCAGUUUAUGGUUAUGAAUAGCUUAGACAUUCCCAAAAUGAAACAAGGUGUAUAUACCAAAAAGGAAUUCGUGGAAUAUGUCCAUAAAACAUUGACAAACGAAGAGAGAUUGGGCAAGGAAUGGAAGGAUCUUGAAGAUAAGAUUGUCGACUUCUAUACUAAAGGACAUGAAGAAGUUACUGACCCAAAUCUGAAGGAAAACUUCUAUUUGUGGAGGUAUAUGGAGGUAGGCAUGGUUAAUAUAAUGCUAAAGUAACAUAUUUUUCAUAUUAAAAUUUAUGAGUUUUUGUAAAUAUAUUGUGUCAAAGGGCUCAGAAUUAAGUGAACAACUUAAUGUAAGCCUAAAAUUACGUUUAAAAAAUGAUUUUUAGCUAACAGGCGACCUCUUCUUCAACAUCGGCGCUCUACAGUACGCCGACCUUCGAACAGCCAAUGGCCUGACAACUUAUUUGUAUCAUACUGAACACUUCAAUCCAUCACAAUAUCCAGAUGACAUUAAGAUCAAGGCAGCUACUCAUGCCAACGAAUAUCCAUAUAUGAACGGCGAUUACCCUGUAGGAGCAUUUGAAUUUGAUGAUGAAGAUAGGAAACAUCAGAAGGUUGUGGUAGACAUGAUUACUAACAUGGCUUUGACUGGGUAAGUAAGACACUACCCUACCCUACCUUACCCUACCCUACCCUACCCUACCCUACCCUACCCUACCCUACCCUACCCUACCCUACCCUACCCUACCCUACCCUACCCUACCCUACCCUACCCUACCCUACCCUACCCUACCCUACCCUACCCUACCCUACCCUACCUUACCCUACCCUACCCUACCGUACCCUACCCUACCCUACCCUACCCUACCCUACCCUACCCUACCCUACCCUACCCUACCCUACCCUACCUACCCUACCUACCCUACCUACCCUACCUACCCUACCUACCCUACCUACCCUACCUACCCUACCUACCCUACCUACCCUACCUACCCUACCUACCCUACCUACCCUACCUACCCUACCCUACCCUACUUUAUACUAUCUUACCUUAUCCUACAGUAACCUAUAAUUUACAGUAAACCUCACCCAGACUGGAAGCCCUUAGGAAAAGAUCGCAAGAACUAUGCCAAUAUCAACACCACAUUAGAGUUUCGUGCUGAAGAAUUUCAACCAGAAAAAUGGCAUUUCUGGAAUAAAUUGGCCAAGGAAUAUGGCCGCGACAUAAUAUCACUGAAACAAGUACGCUCAAACAGAGAUGAACUUUAG